AUGCUCUGUUAUUGUCUUGGUACUGUUGUUAAUUUUUUGAACAAUAUUGAUGUAGAAGAAUGGAUGUUGAAGGAAAGAAAUGGUUGUCGUUUCCGAGGAAAAGAUAUUAAUCGAUUCUGGAGUGGUGCCACUGCUAUAUGUGACCAUCUGAUAUGCAAUGGACCUUCUCCACAUUGUGUUGAUUGGAUUCAUGAAGUCUCGAUGCUUAGGACAGACCGUGUUGUUGAAGAGAUGGAGACUGAUCAUAUAGGUAUGGGAUUAGGAGAUGAUUUUGAUGUGAUGAUACAUAAUACAUAUGGUCAUAUGACUAGUAUUGUUAGGCUUUACCAAGUAAAGUGCAUUCAUGGAUUUAGUGAGGCGGUCUUUACUGCGUUACUUGAGUUGAUAAAGGAGGUUUUUCCCGAUGUAAAUCUACCAUCGUCUUUUAGUGUGGCAAAGGGUAUGAUUAAAGACUUAAGUCCUGGUUACCAAAAGAUACAUGCAUGUCCAAAUGACUGCAUUCUCUUUUGGGCUGAAAAUGAGAAGCUGGAUAAGUGCACAAAGUGUGGAACAUCAAGAUGGAAAUUAUAUGAACAGAAACUUAAUUCAAUUGAGAACAUGGAUAUGUUAAAAGAAUCUAAGAUCCCAGCAAAAGUGAUGAGAUAUUUUCCUUUAACGCAAAGGCUACAAAGAAUGUUCAUGAGCUCUGAUUUCUCUAACUCAAUGACAUGGCAUGCUUUAGCAAGGAAGAAGGAUGGAAAGUUAAGGCAUCCAGCUCAUGGUGAAGGUUGGAAGUCAAUGGAUGCCAAAUAUCCUGAGUUUGCUGCAGAAUUUCGAAAUGUAAGGUUGGGCUUAGCAUCGGAUGGCUUUAACCCUUAUCGAUCAAUGAACAUUUCUCAUAGCACCUGGCCAGUUGUCUUAGUAAUUAAUUAUAACCUUCCACCCUGGUUAAUCAUGAAACCGGAAAAUAUUAUUCUUUCAACCUUAAUUCCUGGCCCGGUUGGAGUAGGUAAUGAAAUUGAUGUAUAUAUGCAGCCCUUACUUGCCGAGUUGAAAGAGUUAUGGGGUGUUGGUGUUGAGACUUAUGAUGCAAGGUCUGAUAGCACAUUUAAGCUACAUGCAAGUCUCCUUUGGACAAUAAGUGAUUUUCCCGGAUAUGCAAUUUUAUCAGUGUUGGGCCAGCUAAGCGAGCCUAACUCCAUAAUAGAGUUGUUGUGUGGUUAUGAGAAUGAUUUUGGGAAGAAACAGAAAAAGCAAAAGGGUUCUUCGUCAAACAGCCCUGGGAAGAAAAGAUCCAUUUUUUAUGAGCUACCAUAUUGGAGUAGUAAUAUGGUCAGGCAUAACCUUGAUGUUAUGCAUAUUGAGAAGAACCUUUGUGACAAAAUUUUGGGGACUUUGUUAAAUAUUGGGGGUAAAACAAAAGAUCACCUUAAUGCUCGUAUGGAUAUGGAACAAAUGGGGAUUAGAAAGAUUCUCCAUCCGAUUAAAUGCGGUGAUAACAAAAAAGUUGAAAUAAGAGCAGCAACUUUUGAUAUGACAAAAAAAGAGAAAGAGAUUUUUUGUUCAGUCUUCAUGAAUGCGAAGUUUCCACAUGGAUCGGUAUCUAAUAUUAGUCGUUUUGUUCACAUGAAGGAGCGGAAGAUAGUAGGUUACAAGAGUCAUGAUGCACAUGUUAUGCUUCAAUAUUUAUUGCAAUUUGAAGUGGUUAAAAUACUGAAACCUGAGGUACCAAUACCUUUGAUGAGGUUAAGUGCAUUCUUAAGGGGUAUAUGUGGGAAGGUCAUCGAAUUAGAAGAUGUUGAAAAGUUGCAGAAGGAAAUAAUUGAAAUACUUUGUGAGCUUGAAAUGAUAUUUCCACCUGCAUUUUUUGACAUAAUGGUUCACUUACCUAUUCAUUUAUGCAAGGAACUCGAAUUCGGUGGACCUGUGCAUUUGAGGUGUAUGUUUGGAGUCGAACGAUACUUAUGCAAACUAAAAUCUUAUGUUCGAAACAGGAGCAAACCAGAAGACUCUAUAGCAAAAGGCUAUAUAGUAGAUGAAUGUUUGACAUAUUGUGCCAGAUUUUUUAAUGAUGGAGGUGAAAAUAUAAAUGAUCCUCACAAUGGCAACAACGCUGCAGGGUAUCCUAUUGGAUCUGGUAAAAAUAAAGACGCGAAAUCUAUACAUUUAGAAGGAAAGAUCUGGAUCAAGGCUCAUCGAUACAUAUUAUUCAAUUGUGAUAAUGUGGAUAUCGAGAUGCUAAAAGACGAACACCUUCAAUUGGUUCAAAAAGAUGCAAAGUCACAGAAGUUUAAAAGGGAAUGGACGCAUACAAUUGAAUUUCACAAGUGGUUAAAAGAGGUAGUUCGAGAUAAAGAAAAUAUUUCAGUAGAAUUGUCAUGUUUGGCGAAAGGGCAUGCAGCAAAGAGAUUUUCUGGUUAUGUGGUCAGUGGAUAUAGGUUUCACACCAAGCGUAGAGAUCGUAGGUGUACGACACAAAAUUCUGGUGUCUUUGUUACUGCCCUAACCACUAGUUUCGCUAGUGCAAAAGACCAAAACCCCAUAGUAGGAGAUGUAAGUUACUAUGGUGCAAUUGAGGACAUCAUUGAAGUCGACUACUGGGGAGAAUUAACUGUUGUUCUUUUUAAGUGUUGUUGGUACAAUAAAGGUAAGGAAUGCUAUGGCCUAACAAGAGUGAACUUUAACCAGUUAUGUCAUAAAGAAGAUCCUUUCGUUCUCGCUACACAAGUCCAACAGGUCUUCUAUAUAGAAGAUCCUACUGACAAAAACUUACAUUUUGUUAUCAAAAAAUCUCCAAAGGAUCAGUAUUCUGAAGUGGAAGAUGGGAUGGGUUCAGUUGAAGAUGUUGCAGACAUAAGUUAUGAGUUGCAAGGACAAGUACAUGACGUUGAUCAUGUCAUUAGUUGGUGCAGAGAUGACAUUCCGACAAAGCAAUUACAUGUUACACCUGAUGAUCCAGAGCAGAAUAAUGCUGAAAUUUUCUAA